CUGUAGUAGGAUAAGAAGGGGAAAAGAGGGAAUCCUGCUUCCCUUAUGCUUCUGCUCAAGUUUCCUCUUUCCUAUGGAGUUUGGGAGUUUAGAAAUAAAAGUCAAGAUGAUCAGCAUGCUAUUUUUGCUUUCAGCUCUGCCUUACCCCUCCUGUGAGCAAUGAACACAGAGCCUGUUACCUGCUUGAGUACAGAAGGGAUAGAAUGAAAAAAAGAAAGAAAAAGAAAAAAAUUAAACAGAAACAUGUUACAUCUCAAAAUAUUCUGCCACAUUUGCAAGAUGAGAGAGUUGAAUUCAUUAGAGAGGUUCCAUUGGGGAAAAGAAUUGUUCUUAAAAACAAGGUGUCUGCCAUUACAGAGACUGUGUUGGAUCUAGGUCUGAAGAAUGCUCUGAUGUCAUCAUCGAGGUCAGGGAAUUCUGCUGUGGGCUUGGUGACCUUUGACCCUUAACAGCCCUGCAGUGCAGUGAGUGCUGGGCAGUGCUGCUGGUUUUCUAAGUGGUGUGAGUUCUUUAGCCAUUUGGGAGACUUGACUACUUAGAUUUGUACUGAAUCACUUUAACGAAUUUCCUGAGAGCCAAGAGGGGCCAAUCUAUUGGGAAAAGGGUGAGCUGGACAUUAAGCAUGUUCUAGGGAUUCUUCUAGCUGAUGCUAUGAAACGACGGCAAAAGAGGAAGCAUCUGGAACAUGAAGAGUCCCAGGAAACUGCUGAGAAGGGAGGAGGAAUCUCAAAGUUGCAAGAGGAUGGCCCUCAGCCUGGAUGUGCUGGAGUGGCCAAGGGCUGGAGCCUCAGUGUGGGAGAGCUCUCCUCUAACUCUGAAUACUUUUCCUGCGUUUCUUCUCCACACAAGCUCAUCCAUGGUGGAAUCCGGAGAUUACAUCGAGACCGUCCCAAGCCUAGAUCGCCCCUAGCCCAGGUUCAGGAACGAGGGGAGACAUCAACCCGCCCACAAAAUGUCUCCUUGUUGUCCUGUUCAUCCUAUAGGACCUGUGUGUCCUCUCUGAAUAUAAACAAAGAGGAAAGGCGCAUGAAAAUAUACUACAUGCAGGUACAGAUGAGAAAAGGUGUGGCUGUCUCCUGGGAGACAGAGGAAACCUCAGAGUCACUGGAAAAGCAGCUGAAGAUGGAAGAAAUGACCCUUCCUGAGGACGUGCGGGUAGGAACUCCGCCCUCUGAUGUGUCCACCAGAAACCUCCUGUCUGACAGCGAGCCCAGCGGGGAGGAGAAGGAGCAUGAGGAGAGGGCGGAGUCAGACAGCCUGCCAGGGGCCCCCUCUAUCGAGGAGAAAUCGAGGGCCAGGACGCCUGACUGGCUGGUGACCAUGGAGAAUGGCUUCAGGUGUAUGGCCUGCUGCAGGGUCUUCGCCACCCUGGAGCUCCUCCAGGAGCACGUGCAGUAUGGAAUCAGGGAGGGCUUCAGCUGCCAUGUCUUUCAUCUCACGAUGGCUCAGCUGACAGGCAACGUGGAGUCUGAGAGCAACCAGGAGGAGGAGGAGGAGGAGGACGAGGGCCAGGAGGAGGAAGAGAAGCAGGAAGAAAAGGAGAAUGAGGAGGAGCAGCCCGCGAGGGAAGACCUUGGACUGCGGAGACCCUGGAGCCAGUGUCCAGGCUGUGUGUUUCAUUCUCCAAAGGACAGGAACAACUGAGAUUCAUGGGCCAGAAGAUCCUGGAAGAGGGUGUGGCCUUCUCUGGGGAGAGGGAGAAGAAAAGACCACAGAGACACAGACAGAAUGCCAGUGGAAUGAAGGAGUGUGAGGCGG